AAGAUGGCAGCUUCCAGGCAGGCAUGAGAGGAAAUACUUCUUCACAAAUCGAAUGAAUUUGGAUUAUUACCGCAAGAGAAGACCACAUACCCGCGUUUUUGCAACUACUGCGUCGAAAUAAAAGUCAUGUCUGCCCCUGGCUCCGCGGUGUCUGGGACCACGGCGUCGGUUCUGCAGCCGCGGUGGAAACGGGUCCUAGGAUGGUCCGGUCCUGUUCCCCGGCCCAGGCAUGGACACAGAGCUGUGGCUAUAAAGGAGCUCAUGGUUGUCUUUGGCGGUGGAAACGAAGGAAUUGUUGAUGAAUUACAUGUAUACAACACCGCAACAAACCAGUGGUUUAUCCCAGCUGUUCGAGGCGAUAUCCCCCCUGGUUGUGCUGCGUAUGGUUUUGUCUGUGAUGGCACGCGAUUGCUGGUGUUUGGAGGAAUGGUGGAGUAUGGAAAGUACAGCAACGAUCUCUAUGAACUACAGGCCAGCAGAUGGGAGUGGAAAAAAUUGAAAGCAAAAAACCCCAAAAAUGGGCCCCCUCCUUGUCCUCGUCUUGGCCACAGUUUUUCCCUGGUGGGCAACAAAUGCUACCUGUUUGGUGGAUUAGCCAAUGACAGCGAGGACCCAAAAAACAACAUUCCCAGAUACCUGAAUGAUCUGUACACACUCGAGCUUCGUGCUGGGUCCAGUGUGGUUGGAUGGGAUAUUCCAAUCACAUAUGGAGUUCUGCCUCCUCCCCGUGAGAGCCACACUGCCGUGGUGUACACAGAAAAGACGAGCAGGAAAUCUCGCCUGAUAAUCUAUGGAGGGAUGAGCGGUUGUCGUCUGGGAGAUCUAUGGACACUUGAUAUUGAUACCCUGACAUGGAACAAACCAUCAGUAAGCGGCACAGCACCACUUCCCAGAAGUCUUCACUCUGCCACCACCAUCACAAACAAGAUGUAUGUUUUUGGAGGAUGGGUUCCUCUGGUAAUGGACGAUGUGAAAGUGGCCACACACGAGAAGGAGUGGAAGUGCACAAACACUCUUGCCUGCCUAAAUCUUGAUUCCAUGUGUUGGGAGACAGUGUUGAUGGAUACUCUAGAAGACAAUAUCCCCAGGGCCCGUGCUGGCCACUGUGCUGUGGCUAUCAAUUCAAGACUUUAUGUUUGGAGUGGCCGUGAUGGUUAUCGUAAAGCUUGGAACAACCAAGUCUGCUGUAAAGACCUCUGGUAUCUGGAAACAGAGCGACCACAUGCCCCUGCCCGGGUGCAGUUAGUCCGUGCCAACACAAACUCUCUGGAGGUGAGCUGGGGUGCAGUCUCCACUGCUGACACUUACCUCCUGCAGCUACAGAAGUAUGACAUCCCUGCUACUCCAGCUGCAGCCUCACCAGCCAUGAGCGCAACCCCCUCGCAGCCUGUGAACUCUCCAAAGAGCCCAGCACCGGCUGCAGCAGCACCCUCUGCCCAGAGCCUGCCACAGACAGCUGUUUUGAAAGUUGCAGCUCAACAGUCUGCCACUGGCACAUCUGUUGUCACAGUCCGCCCCAGCCAGCCUGGGAAAUCCCCUGUCACUGUGACAUCUCUUCCUCCAGGUGUCCGAAUGGUAGUACCUGCCCAGACCACCCAAGGAUCGCCAAUUGGCAGUAGCCCUCAGAUGAGUGGCAUGGCAGCUUUAGCUGCAGCAGCUGCAGCAACACAGAAGAUCCCGCCGUCUUCUGCAGGCACUGUCCUCAAUGUUCCUGCGGGUGCCACCAUUCUCAAAACAGUAGCUGUUUCCCCUGGCACAACCACUGUGAAAGUGGCUUCUCCAGUCAUGGUCAGUAACCCAGCCACCCGGAUGCUGAAGACUGCUGCAGCUCAGGUGGGCACAGCAACUGCAUCCUCUCCCACCACCACCAGACCCAUCAUCACUGUACACAAGUCUGGUGCAGUCACAGUGGCCCAGCAGGCCCAGGUGGUCACCACUGUGGUGGGAGGAGUCACCAAAACCAUAACCCUGGUCAAGAGUCCCCUCACCAUGGGCAGCAGUGGCACUCUGAUCUCCAACCUUGGCAAGAUGAUGUCUGUGGUACAAACCAAGCCAGUGCAGACAUCAGCUGUCACAGGCCAGGCUUCCACUAACCCUCUCACACAGAUCAUACAGACAAAGGGUCCCCUCCCAGCCGGCACCAUCCUGAAACUGGUGACCUCUGCAGAUGGAAAGCCCACAACCAUCAUCACCACUUCCCAGGCAGGAGGCACAGGAAACAAGCCCACUAUCCUCAACAUCAGCGGUGUCUCUCCUACCACCACUAAGCAGGGCACCACCAUCAUUAAGACCAUCCCCAUGUCGGCCAUCAUGACCCAGCCUGGAGCCACAGGUGUGACAAGCAGUGCGGGCAUGAAAACACCUAUCACGAUCCUUACAACAAAGGUGAUGACGACUGGAACUCCUGGUAAAAUCAUCACUGCAGUACCCAAACUUGCUACUGCAGCUGGCCAGCAAGGAUUGACACAGGUGGUUUUGAAGGGUGCCCCUGGACAACCAGGAACUAUUCUGCGGACUGUGCCCAUGAGCACAGUGGGUGGUGUUCGACUUGUUACGCCAGUGACGGUGUCUGCAGUCAAGCCCACUGUCACCACUUUAGUUGUCAAGGGGACUACUGGUGUCACCACUCUUGGAACAGUCACUGGUACAGUCUCUACCAGUCUGGCAGGAGGCACGGUGGACAGUUCCAACGCCUCUCUGGUUACUCCCAUCACCACACUGGGAACCAUCGCUACACUGUCCAGCCAGGUCAUCAGCCCAGCUGCCAUAACUGUGUCGGCUGCUCAGACCAGUCUGACCUCUUCCUCCACAUUGCCCUCCUCUACCAUCACAGUGCAGAACCAGCCCACCCAGGUGACUCUGAUCACAACUCCCAGUGGAGUAGAAGCUCAACCAGUGCAGGAUCUACCAGUGUCCAUCCUGGCUUCACCAACCUCUGAGCAGCCCAGUUCCACUGAGGCCGGAGCAGCUGGAGAGGGUUCUGGGACUGUCACCCUGGUCUGCUCUAAUCCACCCUGUGAAACCCACGAGACAGGAACCACCAACACAGCCACCACCUCUUCUGCCACCAUGGGAGCAGGGCAGGUCUGCUCUAACCCUCCCUGCGAAACCCACGAGACAGGAACCACCAACACAGCCACCACCUCUUCUGCCACCAUGGGAGCAGGGCAAGUCUGCUCUAACCCACCAUGUGAGACCCAUGAAACAGGAACCACCAACACAGCCACAACUGCAUCGUCGAACAUGUCAGCGCUCCGUGUGUGCUCCAACCCACCAUGUGAGACCCACGAAACUGGGACAACUAACACAGCUACCACAGCAUCUGCUAAUAUGGGAGGGGUCCAGCAGGUGUGCUCCAACCCACCCUGUGAGACCCACGUGACAGGCACCACCAACACAGCCACCCAGUCGUCAUCUAACAUGACCACGGGCCAGACGGGCACCGUGCAGAGGGUGUGCUCCAACCCGCCCUGCGAAACCCACGAGACAGGGACCACCAACACCCCGUCCACAGCCACCUCCAGCAUGGGAGGUGACCAGACCAGCACAGCAACGGGCCUGGUCCAGAGGGUGUGCUCCAACCCACCCUGUGAAACACACGAGACUGGGACCACCAACACAGCCACCACUGCCACCUGCAGCAUGGAGACAGGCGAAGGCACAGCAGCCCAGCAGACAGAGGAGGGAACCGAAAGUACCAGCAGCACAGAAGUGGCCUCUACCACUGCAGCAACUGGCAUGGUCACCACCACCCAGGGCAGGGCCAUCACUACCGUCACUCAGUCUACACCAGCACCUGGACCCUCUGUACCAUCGAUUUCAUCAAUCACAGAGGGCGUCAGUACUGCUGCCAGCUCCACAGAGGAACAAAUGCAAACUGAUGAGGCAGCAUCAGCAGAAGCUGCACCCACAGAAGAGGGAGCUACUGCUAUGGAGACACAAGCAGAGGGAGAAGCUGCAGCAGCGACAGCAUUGAACCUGCCCUCAGAGCUAAUGUCUGAGGGUCAGGGAGCCACACUCAUGGUGACAGGGCUGUCGGACGAGGAACUGGCUGUGACUGCAGCAGCAGAGGCUGCCGCUCAGGCAGCAGCCACAGAAGAAGCCCAGGCCCUCGCUAUUCAGGCUGUUCUCCAGGCAGCUCAGCAAGCUGUAAUGAAUGAAGGCGAUUCCGCUGGAGAGAGUCAACAACCCACCAACAUCCCCAUCAUGCUGACCCAGCAGGAGCUGGCAGCGCUGGUACAACAGCAGCAGCAGCUGCAGGAGGCUCAGGCUGCAGCCCAGCAGGCCACUGUGGACACAAGCUUGCCCACUGAAGGUCUCGCCCCUGCUGACAGCCUCAACGACCCCUCUGUCGAGAGCAACGGACACAACGAGAUGGCUGCCGCAGUCACCAGUGCUGUAGCAUCUCUGCUGCCACGUACCACUGCUGAGACACUUGCUCCAUCAAGCACCUUUGCACCCUCUGUAUCGGUGGCAAGCCCAGCCAAGCUGCAAGCAGCAGCCGCUCUCGCAGAAGUCGCCAAUGGCAUCGAGGGAGAGAAGCAAGCCCCUCAGCCAACCCCAGUGAAGCCUGUUGUAAAGAAAGAGAACCAAUGGUUCGAUGUUGGAAUCGUAAAAGUGACAAAUAUGGUUGUCACCCACUUCUAUGUGCCAGCAGAUGAUUCUCAAGGAGAUGAUGACUCUGGCAUCAUGCCAGACUACAGCCAGAUGAAGAAAAUGGAGCUGCAGCCUGGAACGGCUUAUAAGUUCCGUGUUGCUGGAAUCAACGCUUGUGGUCGUGGAGCUUUCUCUGAGAUUUCUGCUUUCAAGACUUGCCUACCAGGCUUCCCAGGGGCACCUUGUGCCAUCAAAAUCAGCAAGAGCCCAGAUGGUGCCCACCUCACCUGGGAGCCACCCUCGGUGACGUCAGGGAAGAUCAUCGAGUACUCGGUGUACCUGGCCAUCCAGAGCAACCAGACAGCUGAAGCCAAGGCCUCAACCCCGGCCCAGCUAGCCUUCAUGCGUGUGUACUGUGGACCCAACCCCUCAUGCUUGGUGCAAUCGUCCAGCCUCUCCAACGCCCACAUCGACUACACCACCAAGCCAGCCAUCAUCUUCCGCAUCGCCGCCCGAAACGAGAAGGGAUACGGUCCUGCCACCCAAGUUCGAUGGCUGCAAGAAUCUGGCAAAGAUGCUGCCUCGGCAAAACCGGCCCCCAAAAGACCAGGCACCUCUCCAGAUACUAAGGCUACUGGUCCAAAGAAAGCAAGGACGGACCAGUGAGGUUGCCCAGAGACCCCUCCCAGUCUUUUGUCCUUUUUCCACUCGCUGUCCUU